UCUUGACAUUGCUUUGAUCACUGCUGCCAGUGUAAAAGAUCUUCCAUCAUGACAGUCGCAGCGCCUCCUGUAGCACCGGUGCACGAGAACGGCAUUAACGGCAGUGUCGGUCAUCAUGUUAAUACUAUGAGCCUCCCACGUUUCCAUCCAAUCGCAAUGAACCCGAGCCAAGCAAUCCCCCCGGAGCAUUUGAUGCAUGGCCACCACCAUCAAUUCCGUCCUUUUCCACCACCACCGCCUCCUCCUAUGCAGGAACCAGGCCCGCCAGCUCCAGUUUCGGCCCCAGCACCGCCCGCCCAUCAUCCGCAUAUUGAUCAAAUCGAAGUCCGUCUGAGACAAUUGGAACAUGAAGAAGCGGCUCGUAUGGCGGCUCGUAGCCAUCUUCUCGCCCUGCGCAAGCGAGAAGACGAAGACUUCCGUAGGUUGACUGAAAAUGCUGAAGCAGAAGAAGAGGAACUGCGUAGGCAACGAAAACGCUUGAAGAGGGAAUCCAUGGGCCUAGGCUAUAACGCUGGGAUGGAAUCUCCGCCGCUCCGACCAACGCCGCCUCGCCGUCUAUCCGAGACCAAUGCAGCCACUACGCUUGCAUUUUUCAAGCAACAAAGUCCUCCAGAGCCUCGUCUAAUCCCUCCACCACCGACACAAGCACCUGCACCCCACGUCCCUCCCCCUCCGCCUCAGCACAUUCACCAUGACCCCACCGGCGCCACCUCGAUCCGACGGAAGCAGAAAUACACUAUCAAGAACGUCGAAGCUUGGGGGGAGCGACAUGGACGACCGGCAGCGCAUGACCCCUCUGGCAGGGCUCUCUGGAAGCGUCCGUCAGACGGUAGUCUGGUCUAUCUGACUUGCCCGGUUUCCGGCUGCGGGAAGGCAGACUUUGUGACCCUCCAUGGAUUCAUGUGUCAUUUGACGAAGAAGCACAAAGACCGCAGUCUGGGCAGCCAGUCCCGGGCCUUGGAAGUAUGCGGGAUUGUUUAUGAUCCCAACGCCCCUCUUCCCCCAGUGGCCAACGUCAACCGCGCAUCCACGGAAGAGAGCCGACUUGAAUCUGGCCCAACCGACCAUGAAGGAUAUCAACAAGAGAUUGAGUAUUCUUCUGCAUCUGACGAAGAGGAAAGUCGGGAUAUCCCAGUGAAGACCGAGUCCACCGACAGGACAUUGCCCGUCCCGGCAGUAAUAUCGAUGCCUUCGGCCCCGGAACAACUGCAAGCUCGACUGAACGGCUCGACGAAACAAUCCAUCUCAUCUAUCAUCGAUCGCGACCCGGAAUGUGAACAUCGCGAGCGGUUUGAUACGAACCCCCCGCGUCCAAUGGAGAUUCCAAUGCAAACCUCUCCGGAUCACAAACCUUCCUUCAAGGACGAGGCCGAAUUUCCUCGCCCACAUGAACAUGAAAAAGAGAACACUGACCCCAAAGAAACGGCCGAUACACAGUAAUAGGAGUCUAUAUAAUAUACUACUAAUUAUCGUCGCGUUGCAAUACCGAAGGACGCAAGAUAUUCGCAUUAUUGCCUUGCAUAGCACAAGCAUGUUCCCAUGGACUAUUGGCUUUCAAUCGUUCCAUGGAGCUCCUGCGUUAAUACCCGCCUUUUUGUAUAUGUGGGUGGCCUUUUGCACGUUGUUUCUAUUUUAAUGUAAUAAUGUCUUACCUCAUAUGGCUGGCCCCGAGGGUCUCGAU